AUGUCGUUCCUCAAGGAUCUGGUUGCGAAAUUGCCUGAUGGCUUUGAGCGUGCCAGAGCUCAGGCAAUAGGAAUCAUCAAUCCCAAUCGGCGCCAUGAUGACCCGGAGGAGAAGGCACAAGACGCCGUUCGUGCAGAAAUCAUGGCUGAGCAUCGGUUCAACAGUUUUGCACACAAGAGAUCAGAUAACACCGCGAAAUGGCACGUCGACGGCCAUGACUACAUGUGGGCCGUUUCUGAAAUGAUAGACAGCGCCCGGGAUGUCAUCUUCAUCAUGGACUGGUGGUUGACACCCGAGCUCUACCUUCGCCGACCGCCUGCGUACUAUCCCGAAUGGAGGCUUGAUAGACUACUGAAGCGCAAGGCCGAGCAGGGGGUUAAAAUCUAUGUCAUUGUGUACAAAGAGGUGACGCAAACGAUGUCAAUGAGUUCGAAGCACACCAAGAGAGUCCUUUCGAGCUUGCAUCCCAAUGUCCUAUGUAUCCGUCACCCAGACCACAUUGGGUCCAAAGAUAACGUACAGUUUUGGUCUCACCAUGAGAAGGUCGUAGCUGUGGACAACCACUAUGUCGCUAUCGGCGGCCUCGAUCUCUGCUUUGGUCGCUGGGAUACCAGCAAUCAUCCCCUUGCUGAUGUGCACCCGGCAGAUUUUUCAAGGACGCUUUUCCCUGGUCAGGAUUACAACAACGCCAGAAUCCAGGAUUUCCAGAAUGUGUAUGAGUACGCAAGCAACACCUUGUCUAUCCUAGAAAGCGCCAGAAUGCCAUGGCACGACGUUCAUAUGACUAUGACGGGACCUGCUGUCCUUGACGUUGUACAACACUUUGUUGAAAGAUGGAAUGAGAUCAAGAAGCGCAAGUAUCGCAAUGACUCACGGUACGAUUGGUUGGCCUUGCCUCAUAACGUAGAGACCGCACCACAUGAACCCGUUGCCCGCCACCCUCACAGAGAGCAGUGGCACGAGAUGGGGCGGAGAUUCAAGAACCGUUGGCAUAGGUCUGGAGGCGAGGAUGACGCGAAUGAAGCGGAUGAGGACGACAAGCAGCAAUACCAACACCCGGGGUCGACGAACUGCAAUAUCCAAGUCGUGCGCAGUGUGUCUGAUUGGUCUCACGGUGUCUUGAACGAGACGAGCAUCCAGAACGCUUAUAUUCAAUUGAUAGACGAAGCCGAACAUUUUAUUUACAUUGAGAAUCAAUUCUUCAUCACCGCCACCAAAACUGGUUGCGGGCCAAUCGUGAAUCAAAUUGGUGCGGCUUUGGUCCGCAGGAUCAAACGCGCAUUCCAAGAGGGUGCGCGGUUCAAGGCUAGUCAUGUCUCCCUCAUAAGCUGCCAAGCAGGUUUGCUGACUACAUUGCAGGUCAUCGUAUGCAUUCCCGAAGUCCCAGGUUUCGCUGGCGAUAUCAAGACCGAGGGCUCACUGAAGAUUAUCAUGGCUGCACAGUACAGAUCCAUCAACCGGGGCGGUAGCAGCAUUUACGAGGAGCUCAGAGAUGCUGGUAUUGAACCAUUGGACUACAUUCGAUUCUACCACCUUCGUUCUUACGACAGGAUCAACGCGCCAUACGAAUCAUACAUAUCGCAGAUCGAAAGGAACUCGGGCGUUCGAUUCCUUGAGGCUCAAGUCGCUCUUGCUCGGGAGUGGAUUGGCAACGAAUUUGACGAAAAUGUGCAAACGGAAGCCAAGUUUCAGAUUCCCGAGCCAAACAAGGAGGGAGUUGUCCUCAGCGAGAAGACUCCCGCAAAGAUUGAGUCCAUUCGGAUUCCGCCCACUGAAGAGGAAGCAAGGCAGAUUGUGAAGAGGUUUGAGCAUGGCGCUGAUACGCUUCGCGGAGACGAGGAUGUCGCAGAUAGCGUUGCUCAGCAUAUGUUGCACGACAGGACUAGUCUUUUGGAGGAGAAGUGGCUUGGCAGUGAAGAAGAAGAGCUUCAAGCAUAUGUUUCCGAGCUCUUGUAUAUUCAUUCCAAGCUGAUGAUCGUAGAUGACAGGCGCGUUAUUAUGGGUUCGGCCAAUAUCAAUGAUCGCAGUCAGAAGGGCGACGGCGAUUCGGAAAUCGCCGUGGUGAUCGAAGACAACGACGAAAUUGACACAACUAUGAAUGGCCGACCGUACAAAGCAGCUCGGUUUGCAUCGACCCUGCGCCGCCAGCUGUUCAGAGAACACCUCGGACUCAUCAAGCCCCAGGAAUGCGGCGACAGACAAACUACUGUGACUAGGCAAAUGCGACCCGCACCGAUCCCCAUCGACUACGACUUCGAUAGCCAAGACGACAUCGCCGUUGCUGAUCCGCUGUCGGAUAAUACUGAUAUCUUAUGGAACACUACGGCGCGCAAGAAUCGAGAGAUUUUCACGGAAAUCUUUAGACCUGUCCCUUCGAACCUCGUAAGGAGUUGGAAGGCUUACGAGAAUUAUCUACCGAAAGUCAAAACCGGACACGUCGUCCCUGGAAUUCCCCUUGAACGUGUCAAAGCGCGCUUGAAUGAAGUUAGAGGCGCGCUGGUAGAAUGUCCUUUGGACUUCCUUAUCGACGAGAAGGAGUUUAUUCAAGGGCCGGAAUGGACGGGGAUCAACCCAACACUGCCGAUAUAUAUUUGA